CUGAAAACUUAAAUUUUUAAAAACCUCGAGUUAAUGUGAGACAACAUAAUGUAGUAGUCGACGAAGAAAUACUUCAAGCUUUUGAAGAUAAUCCAACUACAAGCAUUCGCGUCGCUGCUCGUGCACUUAACGUAACGAUUUGGAAAAUGUGGUCGGUUCUUCGGGCUAAUGACAAACAUGCUUUUCAUUACACUCCGGUCCAAGGUCUCCAAGAAGGUGAUCCCGCUAGACGGUUCGAAUUCUUUAAAUUUUUGAUGCACACCGACGUCGAUGACAUCCAGUUUUUACAACGAAUUUUAUGGACGGAUGAAUCCUGUUUUAAUCGAGAAGGAAUAACUAAUCUGCAUAAUUUGCAUCAUUGGGCAUCUAAAGAUCAAAAUCCUCACGUAAAAAGACCGACUAGUUUUCAACAAAAAUUUAGUGUCAAUGUUUGGGCUGGCGUGAUAGGGAGACGUCUCAUCGGAUCGGACCACACUACUUACCAGCUCGACUAAGUGGGCCUGUUUACUUAGAAUUCUUAGAAUCUGUAUUGCCGGAGCUAUUAGACGAUGAAGU